GCCCCGGCCGGGAUCUCCCUGCACGAUUUCUGCGGGCGCGCGGGCGAGCAGCUCGUGCACUUCCACGCCAUGCGGCUGCGGGACUCGCUCUUCCUCUGGGUGGGGGCGGAGCCCGCGCUCCGCAGCCUGGCCGUGGCCAUGUGCAGCCCCCACGACUCCAUUCCAGUGUCUACAUCACUCCUGGGAGAUGCCUCUGACACCACCUCAAAUUCUCUAGCCCAGCGACUAGCCAGGAAGACUAAAAAACAGAUCUUCGUCAGCUACAAUCUUCAGAAUACAGACAGCAGUUUCAUAUUACACAUAGAGAACAGAAUCAAGGAAGAAAUGAUGGCUUUUCCAGAGAAAUUCUAACGUUGCAUCAUUGUAAGCUACUUUGUUACUUUUUUUUAAAAGAAAUAAACUGACUGGGUUUCCAUAUUGACAGACACUGAGUUAAUAUUUUGGAACUUUUUGUGUUGUUUUUACAAAAUUGUUUGGACCAAACUGGAAUAGAACUUAAAAAAUGCAUUUCUUCCAAACUUUGAGUUCCUCUGCUCUGUUAGAGAGAGGGUCUGUGGGAUAGGGGGAGGAAUGUUGUGAGUUAAGCAAGAUAUUGUAAACUUGCGUAUGCAUGGAGCUUGACCUACCUGGAAAUUGUAAUCAGGGGAUGUGCUCUGGAUUUUAGUUGCACAUGUAACAUACUAUGUAUCAUAAUUAGAGCAAGAGAAAACAAAUCUCUUCUAGUGCUUCUGUGAAAGUCUGGCAUGCUGUUGUGAAAAAUCAGCAAAUUAAAUAAAAGGAAGUACAUUGACGUCA